AUGGCUCCCAUCAAGGUUGGCAUCAACGGUUUCGGCCGCAUCGGCCGCAUCGUUUUCCGCAAUGCCAUUGAGCAUCAAGACAUCCAGGUCGUCGCUGUCAACGACCCCUUCAUCGAGACGAAAUACGCUGAAUACAUGCUCAAGUAUGACUCUUCCCACGGCGUCUUCAAGGGCGACAUUGCCGUCGACGGCAAGGACCUUGUCGUCAACGGCUCCAAGGUCAAGUUCUACUCCGAGCGCGACCCCGCCGCCAUUCCCUGGAAGGAGACGGGUGCCGAAUACAUCGUCGAGUCCACCGGUGUCUUCACCACGACCGACAAGGCCAAGGCUCACAUGGCUGGCGGUGCCAAGAAGGUCAUCAUCUCUGCUCCCUCCGCCGAUGCCCCCAUGUACGUGAUGGGCGUCAACGAGAACACCUAUGACGGCAAGGCCGACGUCAUCUCCAACGCCUCCUGCACCACCAACUGCCUGGCUCCCCUCGCCAAGGUCAUCAACGACAAGUUCACCAUUAUCGAGGGUCUCAUGACUACCGUCCACUCCUACACCGCCACCCAGAAGACCGUCGACGGUCCCUCUGGCAAGGACUGGCGCGGCGGCCGCGGCGCUGCCCAGAACAUCAUUCCCAGCAGCACCGGCGCCGCCAAGGCCGUCGGCAAGGUCAUCCCCGCCCUCAACGGCAAGCUCACCGGCAUGUCCAUGCGCGUGCCCACCGCCAACGUCUCGGUUGUCGACUUGACUGUGCGCAUCGAGAAGGCCGCUUCGUACGACCAGAUCAAGCAGGUCAUCAAGGAGGCUGCCAACGGACCCCUCAAGGGCAUCCUCGCCUAUACCGAGGACGACGUGGUCUCGAGCGACAUGAACGGCAACACCAACUCGUCCAUCUUCGAUGCCAAGGCCGGCAUCUCCCUGAACGACAACUUCGUCAAGCUGGUUUCCUGGUACGACAACGAGUGGGGCUACUCCCGACGUGUUCUCGAUCUCCUGGCCUACAUCGCCAAGGUCGAUGCCGGCAAGUAA